AUGUCUUGCCUUUCAAACUGGAGUCUGGUUAAACCCCAGUGUUGUUCCUCAGGGGAUGAGGCCUACACGUCCUAUUACAGUGACGCUGAUUAUCCCAUCACAAAAGUCCUGCGAGAGCCUGUGUAUGUUGAGGUGCACAUUAUGGAGAGGACCGACCCCAACAUUGUCCUGACGCUGGGACGUUGUUGGACGACUUCAACCCCCAGUCCACUCAGUCUCCCCCAGUGGGACCUUCUAAUCGACGGAUGCCCUUACCAGGACGACCGCUAUCUGACCACACUGGUUCCAGUGACUGGAUCGUCUGGUCUUCAGUUCCCAACCCACUACAAGCGCUUUGUUGUGAAGAUGUUCACAUUUGUAGAUCCAGCCUCACUGGCUGCUCUGCAGGAAACCGUAUGCCCCCCUUUACUUGAACAUCUGUAUAUUUACUACUUGUGGAUUCUAUGACUUGAGCCUCUUUCUUCCCUGUCAGAUCUUCAUCCACUGCACUACAGAGGUGUGCCAUCCAUCAUCUGGCUCUUGUGAGCAAAGCUGCACCAGGAAACGUGAGUUCUUGCUCUUGACAAGAGGAACUGGGCAUUUUAGAAGUGCAUUCUCACUUUGAACAUCUCUCUUUCAGGAAGAGACACUCGUAUCAAGGCUGUCUCUGGGGAGCAGACUGUGGUUUCUAGUGGAGAAGUUACUCUGGUCAUGUAAAUCUAGUGUUUUUAAUAAACUUUUCAGAACCCUUA